AUGGCUACCCAAACUAUCACUGAGACUGUCGCUAAAACAAGCUCCGUGCCCAUUAGCAUUGAGACUUCUGUCAAUCAUGACAAACAUCAGUAUCAGUAUGCUGGCUAUCUGCCGGUCUACGACGCCCGCCAAAUUCCUCCUCUAGAAGAGUUUGCGUAUGAAGACCCUGGGUUGCGCGCCGAUCCCAGCAAGGCUGCCCUCCUUGGCGCUCCAGGUGCGAAAUUCGAGGAACUGACGCCUGCCAUCGGCACCGAAGUGCGCGGGCUCCAACUUAGCUCCCUUGACUCGAAGCAAAGGGAUGAACUCGCUCUUCUCACUGCGGAGAGAGGUGUUUUAGUCUUCCACGAUCAGGACUUCAAGGACAUUGGCUAUGAAAAACAAGAACAGUUUGGCGCACACUUUGGGAAGCUGCACAUCCACCAGCGUGGCAGUCAGGUUGCAGGCCAUCCCUACUUAUUACCGGUGUACCGAGACUUCAAGGCUGGUGCAUCCGACCAAGAGACUGAUAACCACGUCAGUAGCGUCAAAUGGCACUCAGAUAUGUCAUACGAGAUAAAUGGUGCCGGUAUCACCACCUUUCUUGUUCUUGACACGCCGGGUGUCGGUGGUGAUACACUCUACUUAUCCACCGUGGCCGCCUACGAGAAGCUCUCCCCGCUCUUCCGUGAGAAGCUUGAAGGACUGACUGCCAUCCACUCUGGAAAGGAGCAGUAUGCGGGCGGCCAGUACGCUGAGCGGUACAACCGGCCGCCGAUUGAAACCUCGCAUCCAGUUGUCCGCACGCAUCCAGUCACCAAGUCCAAGUCCUUGUAUGUCAACAGUCUUUGGACCAAGCGUAUCGAGGGUUUGAAACAGGAGGAGAGUGAUUUCCUGCUCAAAUUCCUCACGCAGCACAUUGAGCAUGGCCAAGAUUUCCACAUUCGCGUCAAAUGGACCCCCGGCACCGUCGUCAUAUACGACAAUCGUAUCACUCAACACUCUGCACUUCGUGAUUUCAAGGUCGAAGAGGGAACUACUCGACGUCACAUGCUCCGUAUCACGCCCCAGGCUGAACGACCUUAUUUCGAUCCCAAUGUCUAG